CCCGCCGCCGCCGCGGCCUGGCUCCGUCUCCUGCUCGCCGACCGGUAGCGAUGGCGUCGCUCACCGUGAAGGCCUAUCUUCUGGGCAAGGAGGACGCGGCCCGCGAGAUCCGCCGCUUCAGCUUCUGCUUCAGCCCCGAGGCCGAGGCCGAGGCGGAGGCCGAGGCCGAGGCCGCGGCCGGGCCCGGGCCCUGCGAGCGGCUGCUGAGCCGGGUGGCCGCCCUGUUCCCGGUGCUGCGGCCCGGCGGCUUCCAGACGUACUACCGCGAUGAGGAUGGAGAUUUGGUGGCCUUUUCCAGUGACGAGGAACUGACCAUGGCAAUGUCCUACGUGAAGGAUGACCUCUUCCGUAUUUACAUUAAAGGUCUGGAGGGCAGGGCCAGGGGCCCACUGACUGAAAGCCCCCCAGUCAUGACGAGCGGUUCGUGUGGGGUCCCACCUGCAGAGAAGAAGGAGUGUCGGCGGGACCACCGCCCCCCGUGUGCUCAGGAGGUGCCCCGCGGCUUGGUGUACCCCGGCGUGAUCUGUGACGGGUGCAAUGGGCCCGUGGUGGGGACCCGCUACAAGUGCAGCGUCUGCCCGGACUACGACCUGUGCUCCGCCUGUGAGGGGAAGGGCCUGCACCGUGAGCACAGCAAGCUCGUCUUCCCCGGCCCCUUCGGGCCCUUCUCCGAGGGCGUCGCUCACAGCCGCUGGCUCCGGAAGCUGAAACACGGGCACUUCGUGUGGCCCGGCUGGGAGAUGGGCCCCCCAGGGAACUGGAGCCCGCGUCCUCCCCGGGCAGGGGACACCCGCCCCGGCUCCGCAGCCGAAUCAGCUGCUGGUCCAUCGGAGGAUCCCAGUGUGAAUUUCCUCAAGAACGUAGGGGAGAGUGUGGCGGCCGCCCUGAGCCCUCUGGGCAUCGAGGUGGAUAUUGACGUGGAGCACGGCGGGAAGAGGAGCCGCCUCGCCCCUGUCUCUCCAGGCAGCUCCGGCACCGAGGAAAAGUGCGGCUCCCAGCCGAGCAGCUGCUCUUCGGACCCCAGCAAGCCAGACGCAGACCCGGAGGGCGCGGCGCAGUCCCUGGCGGAGCAGAUGGACAAGGUGGCCCUGGAGUCGGUGCCACCGGAGGAGCAGAUGGAGUCGGAUAACUGCUCGGGGGCAGACGAAGACUGGACUCACUUGUCUUCCAAAGAAGUGGACCCGUCUACGGGGGAACUCCAGUCUCUACAGAUGCCCGAAUCCGAAGGGCCGGGCUCUCUCGACUCUUCUCAGGAAGGGCCCACAGGACUGAAGGAAGCUGCAUUGUACCCCCAUCUGCCACCAGAAGCUGACCCCCGGCUCAUCGAGUCCCUCUCCCAGAUGCUGUCUAUGGGCUUCUCUGACGAAGGCGGCUGGCUCACCAGGCUCCUGCAGACCAAGAACUACGACAUCGGGGCGGCGCUGGACACCAUCCAGUAUUCGAAGCACCCGUUGUGACGGCUUCUGCCCCCUUGUCCCACCCCCUUCUUGUCUCCUACUUGUGUUGAGCUAGUGUAGAACAGCAGGGCCUCUCUAAGGGCCAGUUUCUGUGCAUUCUUCUUCCAGAAUCUGGGGGGUGGGGAUGCACCAAGCCAUCCAGGGCAGUGGAACAAGUGACAGGAGGGGGGGGCCCCGUGUGUGGCUGCCCAUGUUGGAGAAGCGUCUGCUGGCUUCCAGGGGCGGAGCGGGGCCCAGUGGUGUUCUCCUGCCCUCCCCCCACCAGGAUCACACCAGCAGUCCAGAAUGUCUUGCCUAAUGGCCUUUUUUUUUUUUUUUUUUAAUGACUAAUAGUAGGCUGACAUGUAGUUGAUUUUCUGCUAGAAACCCGAUCAGCUCCAAAUUUAGAGUGAGUACAGCUGACAUCCUGCUGCGUGGGAGAGGAGUGAGGACAGGGCAGUCCAGGACUUGGCUUCUUGAAUCUGCAAAUGAGGAGGGGCUGAGAGGGAAGGGAGGCCGGAGCUCACAGAAUACUGCCUGUUCCAUAACCGCUCUAGUUCUGUCAUUUCCAGACGCGUCUGUUGCUUUUACAGUAAGAAAACCCUGUUGUAACCAUUAUGUUGCUAUUUUGCAAUCAGUAAUUAAAUGGUGUAAGCACUUUAAUCAAAGAUGUUACAACCACAGAUGA